AUGGAAGAACCUCGCCUGAAUAAUGAUAAAGUGGAAUUAAAUAAUAAAGGAUUACACGAUAAUGCGAACGAUGUUGAAAAAAUUGUUACAUCAAAGGAUAUUGUUGUAUCUGUUGAUACGACGGACAAAAGAUCGCAAGCUUACAACACACGAGCUGUUAAUACUUUUGCAGCGAAGAAAACUGUAGCCCAGGGUAUGAUGGACGUAGCGUUGAUUACAGCUAAUGCUAAUCAGUUAAGGUACCUUAUUGAAUAUCAACGAAAUAGUCCUACCUUUUACGUUAUUCUGAUUCUCAUUGUCAUCAGUCUUUUGCUACAGAUCGCCGUUGGUGUAAGUUUAAUUUUUAAAGGCAGAUUCGAUAUGAAAGGACAAUCAAAAUCACUUAAUGCACGAAAAAUUAAUAAUUAUGUUGUCGUUGGUGUGUUUCUUAUAACUAUUAUUAACGUUUUUGUCGCUGCAUUUAGUAUAACUACACCGGCUACCAUGGAUGUAUCAUCUACGUCUAUGGCUACGUAGAUAUUACUCAUGCAAAACAUAUAAUGUUCAUUUUCAACAUUACAGAUUAUCCCAUAAUAAUUUUAUUAAUUUAUACCCUGUUUGUUUGUAACAAUACUUUGCAAAUAAUAUGAAUGCACUAGAAACAGUAUUUACAUAUUUUUUGAUAUCGCUCGAGUCUCGUAUUUAUAACUAUC